CCAAUAUUGCCUUUUUGGGCCCGGCCCUCCCGGCUUUGGCUUCCCAGCACCGAUCUUGGUCUCGCCCAGCGCAUUCUUGGCCGCCCUGCCAACCUCGAGAACCGCCAUCACCACCCCGCUCCACACCGCCGAACCGAAGCCAACCCCAGCCGCACCAAUGGGCCACCCGCUCAAGACAAAGAACCUCGAGUCUCCUCGGAGGCUCUCCAGUUUCCGAAAGGAGUCGCUGACCCCGCGCGCCAGCAAGCGCACUGCUGCCCCGCCGGUGCCGUCGUCCCUGAAGGAAAACCCACUCUCCUGGACUGAUCUGGAGCCUCUCAAUGGUCUCGACGAUGACCUCGCCUCUGGCUUCGCUGAAGACUCGUCGCUGCUUACUCCCAAAGCCUCUGCGCAUCGGGCAACGGCCCAUCCGGAGCCAGGCUCUGCUGGUCGCGAUCAACAAGAGCCCUCUCGUGCUGAACAUGCCGUGGCACUGAAGGUCGAGCAGGCCUUCGUGACCGCCGAGAUCACUCAAUGGAAUGUCGGAGGCGGACACGAGACAGCGUAUUUCGAAUAUGAUGGUGUCAGCUCCACCGAAGUUGCGGUAUCAAGUAGCGGUGCGGAUUCGGCAGAGUCGGCCGGUACUCUUUCGGCUGCAGAACCAUCAGACUCGGCCGGCAGCCCCUCGACCGAGUCCGACGCACUGGCCAAUUCAAACUCCAAUGCAAACUGGGAGCGAGAGGCGCCGACAAGCGCUGUUGUGGAUGUCGAUCAGGCGGAUUCGCACCCCGGCAGCCUGGACAGCGCAAAGACGCCCGCAGAUGAGGUAUACGAAAUCAGGCGAUCUUCGGGCUCGUGGUCCGUCGAAAACAAGUCGGCGACCUUCCAGCUGUCCCAGAAGCCCCGACGCAACACUACAUUUAGUGCUGCGGGUAGCAAGGCGCAAGAUGCUCGAAAGAAAGUCAAGACAGGCGGUGUUCAGAAAAAGUCCCUCAAGAAGCGGCCGACGGACCUGACUAUUCCCAAACCCUUUUCCUUUGCCACCAAUCUCGAGAAAUUCGGCAACAACGUGAGCACAGCAACGGCGCAUUCGCCAUACAAGUCUCUCGCUGCUCGCAUCAAGGAAUACGAAGCAAAGACGCCCGAGCGUUUCCGGGUCAAGCCCACUGCAGCGCCAAAGUUCAAACAGCUGGCCAUGACUAUUCCACAGUCUCCAUUCCUGCGAACUAAAGUGCGAAACAAGCCUGUUACGGUCUUUACGUCCGAACAACUUGAACUUGCCGAGCUGGAGAAGCAUCAGCCAUUCAAAGCCCGUCCCGCGGAUCCCAAGGUCCUCAAGGGAGGUCCUCAGGGCGUGCCAAAGGCCCCGCGGUUCGAGAUCACAGUACCACAGUCCCCGGCCAUCACCAAACCCAAGCCUCUUCCGGAUGCUCCACCAUCGCCUCCUCGCAUCAUCAAAGCCAACCCGAUUCGCCACUUUCCGAAUGUCGAGGUCAAGCACGAGUCUCGCAAGAUCGUCCCUUCCGACUUUGAACUGCCUGGGGAGAAAAUCAGCGAGCGCAAGGUGAUGCAGUUCUUGCGAGAGGCGCGAAAGAAGAUGCAGGAUCUUGAAAAGUCGCGCAAUUUCAAGGCUCAGCCCUUGCGCAUCGUCUCCCCAAAGGGCUUUUGCCCACCCGCAGUUCCAAAGAUCACCGAGCCUGAGCCGUUUCAAUUGGAGACAGACCUGCGGCACGAUAUCCACUCCAAACGGCUGGAGGAAAAGACCAGGAGACAGAUCGAAGAUGAGGAACGACAGCGACAGUUCCAGGCCCAGCCACUUCCGGAUGGCGAUGCGUUCAUCCCCAAGAGAUCAAACAAGCCCCUGACCAUCAGCGAAAACGUCACGCUGCACAGCGAGAUUCGCGCCGUCGAUCGGCAUGUAUUUGACGAGCAGAUCGAGGCCAAGAUACGCGAAGACGAGCUGGCGAAGGAGCUCAAGAAGCUCCAAGAGGAGGCCAAGAUUGCCGAGGAGGUGAAGCAAGCGCGCCGAAAGAUGGUGCAUGUUGCCCAACCCAUCCACCACUACUCCAGCAUCGCCAUCCAGCCCUCGUCCAGGAAACUGACCGAGCCCCAGUCGCCCAUGAUUGGCGAGAAGCGAAAGCUCAAGCAGCAGCUUGGCAAAAGCUCGCUCCGACGAGCAUCGUGAGGCAAUGUGUGUUGCCAGGAUGCCCCUAGGACAUCCCAGGCGGUGCGUGGCUGGCCAUCCCGGUGCGCUCUCGUUUGUAUAUGCUUUCUAAUAGAUCCCAUGCAAGCCACCACCA